UAAUUAACAUACAUGAUUUCCUAAUUGAGUUUGUAAUUUAGGGUUUUGAUUCUAGUAUGGGAGUAGCAUGAAAAAUUCAGAUUAUUCACUUCAAAACCCUAUCAAAAGACUCCGAUCAGAUGGCAAUUUAUGCAAUUCGUCAGUUUCCCCGAUUAAAAAACCAAAACCCACCAUCUCCAGCACAGCAUCUAUACACAUAAAGGCCUUCUGUACUCCGCUGAUAUCGAAAUCCACAGGUUCAUCGGUUGAUUUAAUCCAUCUCCAGCCGUGCAAACCCUGCACGAUCGGAAGAGAUCCUCGCCGCUGUGAUUAUACAUUUGAAGACCGGCAAGUCAGUAAGGAACAUUGUCAAAUUUAUUUUGAUGUAUACCGUAAGAAAGUAUUUGUUGUAGAUGGAGUUUUGUUUUUAAGAUCAGGUGAGGGCUCUAGAGUCAGGGCAUCUUUAAAUGGAGUAUUUGUUGAUGGUAUUAGAGUUGGAAAUGGAGAGAUUAAAGAGGUCGGUGCAGGCAGUGAGGUUUCUGUUGUUUGCGGAGAUGAAAGUGUUUGUAGUGUUGGGGGUCGUAUUGGGUUUUCUGUGGAGAGAAUUGUUUUCAUGGAGGAAGUUAUCGAUAGAAAUCUAUCCAACUCCAAGCAAGACUAUUUGUUUCCCUAUAACGUUACAGGUGAAUUAGGUAGUGGUAAGCUUGCUAAUGCGGGUCUGCUUUCAAGUGAGUGUAAACAGAUACUAUCUAGUGAUGAUCCUGUGUUGUAUAUUAGAGAAUGUUUUACCAACCCUUGCAAGUUAAGGGCUAAAUACGUUAGUAGAAACAGAGUUAAAGGCAAUUCCUGUUUUACUCCGGACAACUUUUUAUCACACUCUCCGUGUGUUGGACGUGAGCUCCAUUCUUGUGAAGGCUUAGCCAUUAAUAAUAGUAGUAAUAGUAAUAAUAAUAAUACGAAUUUUUUGUCUUAUGUGCCACUCUUGGAUCUAGAUACAUCAUUCAGACCGAAUUGUAUAGCUUCAGAGUCGAAUGCAGAGUUGCUACAUUGUAGAGUCAAUGGUGGACAUUUACAAGAAUCAGUAAAGACCUCAGACCCUUUAGGGGGAGGUAUUUCUAUUGACAAAAGGGAAAAUUAUAUUUGUGAAGAGAAAAUUAUUCAAGCCAGCCAACUUUUAAAACCGAAGAAGAGGGGUGUUUGUGUUCCCCCGCCUGGGAAUAAAUUCUAUUUGAACCGCCUUCAUUUUAUGGACGAUGGUCAAUCGGAUGAAGUUAAUGUCACGUUACCGGAGCUUCUUUAUCCUGUUGAAACCCUUGAACGGGUUUUCAUUGCAACAUUCACAAGUGAUUUAUCAUGGUUUUUAUCUUACUGUGAGAUUCCUCCCCAUCUCCCAGUAUCAAUUGCUUGCCAUAAUGCUGAGAGGUGUUGGGAUCCAAGCCCUGACAAAAGAACUCUAAAUCCUUCCUCAGAUUUUCCGAACUUAGUUGUUAUAUACCCCCAAUUUCCUGAGGUUAUAUCCUUCAGUAAGGACCGGAAGAAAUUUGGCAUUGCUUGUCAUCAUCCAAAGUUGUUUGUUCUGCAAAGAGAUGAUAGUAUCCGUGUAAUCAUCACCUCUGCCAAUCUUGUGGCCAAACAGUGGCUAGGAGUGACAAAUACUGUUUGGUGGCAAGAUUUUCCUCAUAGGAAUGUUCCUGAUUAUACAUCUCUUUUUGCCCAAUCAUCUGCUGAGGAAGUAAAUCUAGAUUUAAAAUCUGAUUUUGCUGCUCAGCUUGCUGGUUUUAUGGCAACUCUAUUAGUCGAUGCUCCUAACCAGGCCCAUUGGAUAUUAGAGUUGGCAAAGUUUGACUUUAGCAAUGCUGCUGGACAUCUGGUUGCUUCUGUGCCUGGGAUUUAUUCUCCUCAGCACCCAUACAUAUCAAAAUCUCUUCAUUAUUUAACUGGUGAUUGUUGUAUGCCACGAUCUCUGGGAUGUAUGUUACUUGGCUCUGUUGAAGCUUCUGUCGUCGGUAUUAACCACCUUUUCCGAACCUCAAGAGAUUCAAAUGGAUCAUUGAUAAAAAAGUUGGCUGGUGUCCUUGGAAAUUGUCGUGUCAAUGCAUACGGGAUGUCGGAGGUCAUUUUAAGGAGAAAUGUGAAUAUAGCAGCUGAUGCAAAUGCUGUAGGUGUUGCUAUAUCUAGAUCUGAAGAAUUCCCUGAGGGAGGCUGCAUUCAACUUGGCUUUCUACCCAGAGAUGUUGCAAAAUGGGUUGCUCCAUUGUCAGAUGUGGGUUGGUUUGCCUUCUCUGCAUAUAUCAAUCCAAAUGAAGUGCUUGCCUGUGCUUUGGAAGGAAGCAACAACAAAGUACACCUGAUUCUAUAUGUACAUCAGGGACCUAAAUUUUUAAACAUAUCAAAGUUAAGUCCACCAGUUCUUGCUUCUGCAAUGUGCUCUCUUGUUGCAUCUAUUCAGAGGUGUUGUGGCCUGUGGCGACUUCAUGAGAUUUUGGGUCACUACAAAUGGCCUGAGCACUGCGAAACCGACUUCACAUUUGGUUCUUCCUCUGUGGGUUCCAUCAAUGCACCAUUUUUAGCUGCGUUUUCGGCGGCAACUGGAAAGCGGUCUAUGAUGUUCUCUGAAUCGGAAGAGUCUGAUCCAGAUUGGGGAUGCUGGAGUGCUAGUCAAGAGUUGAGAAACCCGUCAAUCAGAAUCAUAUUCCCUACUAUUGAGAGAGUAAAAACUGCAAGUUCUGGAAUCUUGGCGUCAAAAUACAUCCUGUGUUUCACGCAGAAAACUUGGCUGAGGCUGAAACAUAUGGGCAUACUUCAUGAUGCGGUUCCUCGCCCUCUUGAUAGGGUUGGGCACCCUAUGCAUGUUAAGGUAGCAAGAAGACGCUUCCAAUCUAGGACUGAUGCAUCUUCAUUCGGAUGGGUUUAUUGUGGUUCACACAACUUCAGCGCAGCCGCUUGGGGUCGUCCGAUUCACAGUUCACUUGGCGUAAAGCCGAAUGAAGAUGCAAGAAGCAAAUCCGUAUUAGGCUCGAGACUCCACAUCUGUAACUAUGAGUUCGGUAUCGUUUUUGUUGUCCCCCCUUCGGAAAGAAAAGACGAAAAGCAUUUAAAUUUAGACAAUAUCAGUUUGCCGUUUGUUGUGCCUGCCCCUCGAUACAGAGCAAACGACACACCAGCAACAAAGCUUGCGAUGAAGGAGGCGUUGAUUGAAGUUGGUGAGAAAGAAAUAGCAAAAACCGUAGAUUUUGAAGAAGAGAUAGCAGACGAGGAGGAGGAAGAAGUAUUGGAAGUCGGGAAUUUGAUCGUUGAGGAGAAGGAAGAAGAGAAAACAUACGCCGAAAAACUUUGGGUUUCGAGUUGAUUUUGUUGAAGGCUUUACGAGACGUUGCUAAUGUUAACGUCAUCAUUGGUCUCUUGGAGGCAAGGACCGGAUCAAGAUCUUUGGUCUCUGCCCGGACCCGAUGAAAAAAUGGGAUCACUUUUUAUGGACUCGCAGAGAAUGAUCCUGGUCUACGAUGACACAGGUAUUUGAUUUUUAUGGUUCAACGACCCGAUGGAACCCGAAGUGAGUGAAGCCCGUGCGAGCGAAAGGUACAAAUUUAAUAUACGUCGAUUUAGCUAUUUCAUAAUACAUGAACGACCCAUUCAAAUUAAUACCUAUUUUUGUACAGAAUAAUACAUGAA